UCUGGAAUCCUCACUGUCAAUGGAUCAGCCUGACUUGCCCCUACUCCAAGGCCCACCGAAGAAGACUCACCAGAAACUCUCACUUUCCUCCGUUGAAGGUGAUAAAAGCCACCGAAAGGAUCAGGUGUCUUCUGUAGUUCGUCAUUUAUACGCGUGAGACGUGGUCAGUUAAUUUUCAAGAUAUCAUAGAGCCCAGGUAAUGGCGGAAAUCAUGAAGAUAUCACUCCUGGUCGUUGCUGUAUUCAUAUCAACCACAUGCACUGGACAGCUUCAGCGACAGCGGCAGACGUUCCAUCAGAGCAGCCAGAAUCGCCAGUUCGUCCAGCCGAAUCAGAACCAGCGACAGUUUGGUCAGCACAAUCAGAUUGAACAUAAUGGGAGACAAUCGGCGGUGUCUUGUCCGGAGAAGACUGGACGAUUUCCAGUUGGGUCCCAGUGUGAUGCCUACAUUGAGUGCAUUGAGGGAGUUGGAGAGCAGAAGCUCUGUCCCGAGGGACUUGUGUUCAACCCAGAAGCCAAGUUCAACUAUCCCUGCGGAUAUCCGAUCGAUGUAAACUGCGAUGGUCGUCCCAAUCUUCAACCAGCUCAACCCACCGAGGACUGUCCCCACCAAUAUGGCUACUUUAAAAUUGGUGAUCGUCAGAAUUGCGGUCAAUUCAUGAACUGCGCUGAUGGUAAAGGCUACACAUUCGAUUGUCCAGAAGGUCUGGCUUUUAAUCCAGACUCCUAUCGCUGCGACUGGCCUGAUCAGGUGCCCGACUGUGACGCCGAAGCCUUCCUGGGAUUCAAUUGUCCUCAGGGGGACAACGGACAAUUCUCCUUUGAAACGAGAUUCUUCAGAAGCCCCAACGAUUGCCAGCGCUACUUCGUCUGCGUCGAGGGUCGCCCCAGGCUUCAAAAUUGCGGCGAGGGGAAUGCAUUCAGUGAAUUGAUAAAUGCAUGUGAUGCCGCUGAGAAUGUCACCGGAUGUGAACCCCCUUUCCGUCGUGACGAUCACCAAACGGGCCCCCAGCGUGUAAACCAGCAUUCGAGGGCCCGAUUCUUCUGAUUCUCCACCUGAAUAAUUCCACCGGUGCAGAAUUUUUUUUAUCUGCUUUCGAUCUUUCAAAAGUGUUUCCAAAAAAUAUCAAGAGACCUCUCUGGCGACUCAAAAACAUUCUCUGCAAUUUUUUUUGAACGAAAAAAAUUUUUUUUUCCUCAAUUUUAUGCUGAAAAAUAUUUUUUUUUAAUUCACUUUUAAAAAUAAAUUUUUUAGAAUAUUUUUUGGACAAUGGGGAGACGUUCAGGGGAUCUUUUCAUAAUUUUUUUGAACAUUUCGAGGAGAUCUUUGCCUACAACAAUUUUUUCACGUGGACUCCAAUAUUCAAACUCCAAUAUGUUGCCACCAACUUGUAAAUAAACGCCUGUCAUUAAACAUUUAUGAUGGCAAAUCCCGCCA